CACCAUAAAUACUCCACCACCGUUCAGCAUUCCUUCCUUCUUACCAGAGAAAUAAAUUGCAGACUAAUUCUUAAAUUAACAGGCCCCUCGGGCUAUGAGUGUAGCCAUGUCUUCUCCAGGCGAUUGGACUCAAUUUUACCAGCAAACUAGUGUUCCAGUUUCCACCGAAAUGAUUCCUCCGGGACGACCUUCUUCAGGAAUCUCUCCUGUUUCCGAUUCAAUGAUCAAUUCUGUCACCACCACAACUCUUACUCCAUCCUCAGCUUCAGCUCCUUCGGGGUCAAAUCUCGGAAACCUGAGCCCCGACGGCCGAGUCUCCAAGCCAGUACGGAGACGUUCCAGGGCCUCCCGGAGAACCCCCACAACGCUACUUAACACAGACACCACGAAUUUCCGCGCCAUGGUGCAGCAAUUCACAGGAGGCCCGACAGCGCCUUUCGCUUCCGGCCCACACCCUGGAGGCCCUUCUGGGUUCAGCUUUGGCUUCGCAGGAGGGCGCCAGGUUCAGUUUAAUCACCCUGGAAACGUUAUUAUGCCUCCAGGUUAUCAUUUACAGUAUCAAGCUCAGGCCCAGGCCCAGGCGCAGGCGCAGACUCAGAGAUUUCAGCAGCAACAAAACCAAGGCAGCGAGUACAUGAUUUCCCUGGGAAAUAGUAACAUUCUGGGGCCUGGAGGAGAUGGGUUUUUUCAGAGAUUGGGAGGAAAUCCGAGGCCGAACAUGGAGAUUUCAGAUGAUCAGUAUGUGAUGGAAAAUAUGAACAGUAAUGUUUCAUCACAAGUAGGUGGAAAUCCAAAUCCUGGAAGGGCUGGCUCCAAUGAGAAUAGGGGUAACAGCUUCAUGUUUUGAGAGAGACAAAAAGAAGAAAGUUAGGUACUGACUUAUCUUUAGGGAGAACCAUUGACUUGUGUAAAUAAAAUCUUUUCCAUUAAAAAUGAUAGUUCAUUUCCUACGUCAAUCUAAUUGGGUGAUAAAUUAAGUUUUAAUUUUUGUUCUGUUUUUCUUUGAUUUUGUUGUUUGUUUUGGAAAAAAUCAUGUGCCUUUCUUGGGAAUUUAUUUGUUUAAGUGGCCCUCAAUCUAUUGUUCCUUAUUACAAUUAUAUUUAAUAUAUAUACCCACUAGUUGGAUUCUCA